GGUCGUAGCUCAGGCGUUCCUGUCAUUAGUUAAAAAAAAAAAAAAAGUAAAGAGGAGAAAAGAAAUUUUUCUUUCCAGUGCGUUGUGUGUGUGUUUGUUUUGUGUCAUAAGAGAUUGUGGGACUGAUAUCUCCAACCAAGCAGUGGGUGUCUAUCGCACAGUUUUUUUUCCCGGUCGUCGUGCGUGCGAUUUUUUGGUAUACGGUAGGGCGCAACUGCGCAUUAGUUGGUGGGGGAUAUCUCGCACACAACACUUUUUACAGGGGUAGUCGAGUGGUGCGUCUUAGAGUUAAGCAAAAUGGGGGUCGCUUGUACUCUCAACAACACUCACAUUCUUAUGGAUAAAUAUGUCAAUGGCACGGGAGCACUUGGCCCUUCAGGUGUUGGAGCCCAAUCAAUUGUAUCCAGUAUCGGAGUGGGAAGUGGAAGCAACAGUAGUAGCAGCAGUACCAGUAGUAAUUGUGGAACAAGUUUGAGUGGAGUGAGUGGUGGAAGUGGAGGCGGAACUGCAUUGAUGACUCCCAUGGCCCCUAUGGCUCCGGUUCCACCUAUGAUGCCACCAACUCAACAGCCUCCACCUAUGGCUUCGGCCGCGCCGCAAGCUGCGGCACCAGAACUUCCUAUGUUUGUUUGCCCACGUCGUCCAAAUCUUGGUCGUGAGGGUAGACCCAUCAUGCUAAGAGCCAAUCACUUUCAAAUAUCCAUGCCACGAGGAUACAUACACCACUAUGAUAUCAGCAUCCAGCCAGAUAAGUGCCCAAGAAAAGUCAAUCGGGAGAUUAUCGAAACGAUGGUGCAUGCCUACAGCAAAAUAUUUGGAGCACUGAAGCCCGUUUUUGAUGGUCGAAGCAACUUAUAUACUCGAGACCCUUUACCGAUUGGCAACGAACGGGUCGAAUUAGACGUUACUUUGCCUGGCGAGGGAAAAGAUCGUGUUUUCCAUGUAGCUAUAAAAUGGUUGGCGAAAGUAUCUCUCUACGCCCUCGAAGAAGCUUUAGAAGGUCGUAUUCGCACAAUUCCGAUGGAUGCCAUUUUGGCUCUCGACGUGGUUAUGCGCCACUUGCCGUCUAUGACUUACACUCCAGUGGGUCGGAGUUUCUUUUCUUCACCUGAUGGUUACUACCACCCACUGGGUGGGGGAAGGGAAGUUUGGUUCGGUUUCCAUCAAUCUGUCCGGCCUUCUCAAUGGAAGAUGAUGCUAAAUAUUGACGUUUCAGCUACGGCUUUUUACAAGUCGCAACCAGUGAUUGAAUUUAUGUGUGAAGUCUUAGAUAUUCGUGACGUUAACGAGCAGAGAAAACCAUUGACGGAUUCUCAGCGUGUAAAAUUUACCAAAGAGAUCAAAGGUGGGUUCGCUGGCUUGAAAAUUGAAAUUACCCAUUGCGGAACAAUGCGACGAAAAUAUCGUGUAUGCAAUGUCACUCGCCGUCCAGCUCAAAUGCAGUCUUUCCCACUGCAAUUGGAAAAUGGUCAAACUGUCGAGUGUACAGUGGCCAAGUAUUUCUUGGACAAGUACAAAAUGAAAUUGCGCUACCCGCAUCUGCCUUGCCUGCAGGUUGGACAAGAGCACAAACAUACCUACUUGCCACUGGAAGUUUGCAACAUUGUAGCCGGGCAGCGGUGCAUAAAGAAACUGACGGACAUGCAAACAUCGACCAUGAUCAAAGCCACUGCCCGAUCAGCUCCCGACCGCGAGCGUGAAAUUAAUAAUCUAAUACGAAAGGCUGACUUCAAUAACGAUCCCUACGUCCAAGAAUUUGGCUUGACCAUAUCGAAUAGCAUGAUGGAGGUACGAGGUCGUGUGCUUCCUCCUCCUAAACUACAAUAUGGGGGAAGAACAAAACAACAGGCACUACCUAAUCAAGGUGUCUGGGAUAUGCGUGGCAAGCAAUUCUUCACUGGUGUUGAGAUUCGUGUUUGGGCAAUUGCCUGCUUUGCACCACAAAGAACAGUGCGAGAAGACGCCCUAAGGAACUUUACCCAGCAAUUGCAAAAAAUAAGCAAUGAUGCGGGCAUGCCCAUCAUUGGUCAACCGUGUUUCUGCAAGUAUGCCACUGGACCCGAUCAAGUAGAGCCCAUGUUCCGCUACCUCAAGUCAACCUUCCAAGGUCUUCAGUUGGUGUGUGUCGUCUUACCCGGCAAAACUCCUGUCUACGCCGAAGUCAAACGCGUGGGCGACACAGUACUGGGAAUGGCCACACAGUGUGUCCAAGCAAAAAAUGUCAACAAAACGUCUCCUCAAACUCUGUCCAAUUUGUGUCUGAAGAUCAACGUUAAACUUGGUGGUGUCAACAGUAUCCUCGUUCCUACCAUUCGUCCGAAGGUGUUCAAUGAACCUGUCAUUUUCCUUGGAGCUGAUAUAACGCAUCCUCCGGCCGGUGACAACAAAAAACCGUCGAUCGCAGCUGUUGUGGGUUCGAUGGACGCCCAUCCUUCGCGCUAUGCUGCGACUGUUCGCGUCCAACAACACCGCCAAGAAGUUAUCCAGGAGCUUAGUGCUAUGGUUCGAGAACUUUUGAUUCUGUUUUACAAAACUACAAGAUUCAAGCCAAACCGAAUUAUCAUGUAUCGUGAUGGCGCCAGUGAAGGCCAGUUUAGUACUGUUUUACAACACGAAUUGACCGCUAUUCGCGAGGCGUGCAUCAAAUUGGAACCUGAUUACAAGCCCGGUAUCACCUUUAUCGUAGUCCAGAAGCGUCAUCACACCAGACUUUUCUGCGCGGACAAAAAGGAACAGUCGGGAAAAUCUGGAAACAUUCCCGCCGGUACGACAGUCGACGCUGGAAUCACGCAUCCCACUGAGUUCGAUUUUUACUUGUGUUCGCACCAAGGCAUUCAGGGUACUAGCCGCCCUAGUCAUUACCACGUUUUGUGGGAUGACAACCAUUUUGACGCUGACGAAUUGCAGUGCCUGACAUACCAACUUUGUCAUACUUACGUGCGCUGCACGCGUUCCGUUUCCAUUCCGGCGCCAGCUUAUUAUGCCCACCUGGUAGCUUUCCGGGCGAGGUACCAUUUAGUGGAAAAAGAGCACGACAGUGGAGAAGGAUCAUUGCAAGAUUGUAUUAAGAGUUACACCAGUGGAGAAGGCUCGCAUCAGAGCGGCAGCAGCGAGGAUCGCACUCCAGGUGCUAUGGCUCGCGCCAUCACUGUUCACGCCGAUACCAAGAAAGUCAUGUACUUUGCUUAAAAAGCACUAUCAUCAAAUUCACCCUCCUUCCCAGUAAGUUGCCGUUUGGUCAUCGCGUGUAAAUUGGAUCGGAUGAGAAUGGAGCAGAAAUGGUUUGUAAUAUUUCCACGUGACUUGACGCUGUUUUCUCUAGCUAUUUUGGAAGGUCAGCUUGUGAGCACAAUAUCUUGACACCUAUUUUCAUGUCACCCCCAUCGCCACCACAUCCCUGAAUCUUGCGUGCAAAGAGGAGCAUUUCACAUCCCUUUAACAGAGCCAUCCCCGACGCAAAACAAAAUGUCCACGGCCGUCAAGUCUUUCAUGUAUUUUUCAUCCUUAUAGCAAAAGUCGAAGCAUUUCGGUGGGAUUUUUAAUCUAAAUUUUGCUCUUCAAAAAUAUCUAUUUGCCGUCUGGAUUUCUAGAUCUGGAUGCCGUCUAAACACCUAAAAUCCUUCAAAGAAAAUCCAUCGAUGCGAGCACCGGUCUUGUUGAUGGUCGCAAAACGAAGAUAACGAAAAAAUAAAAUGAAAAGACGUGUGAGAAAGGAUUAGGGCAUCAAGCAAAAACGGACUUUGUUUAGUAGCUUUCGAAUGGAUAAUUGCAUUUCCCUCCCAGCGUGUGGAUGAAGUAUGGACCAAGCAAACGUGGAAUCGUAUCCAAUCAGCAUUUCCUUAAUCCUGACCUAUCGUAGCUACUUAAGAGACACGACAAAAUUUAAUUGACAUUUUCUUCGUUACCGAUCUGUUUGUUUAUCAAUCCACUUUCUUUUUAAGAAUGCUCCAAGCUAUCCUUCCUCCUCUUACUGAUUAAGCAUCUGUUGCGUUUCGCGGGAACUGAAAUGACAUCUGAAAUUGAACUGACGCGCGAAAAAAAAAGUCAAACCUAAACCUUAAAAAAAUAGCUUGGAUAGAGAACCCUCCGUAUAUGUUUGUUCUUUGAUGCACUUCUAAUCAAAUUUGAUGAAAAAAUAUCGCCGAUCCCUCCUUCCGCGCUACAAACGUCUUUCAGCCUCCAUUCGAAAUGUAAAAGAUAAAGCGAGCAAAACGGAAAGCAGAGAGAGAAUGUGCAUUUACAAUCUGCAAAGACAGCCAUUUUGCCAUGACAAAAAUAUCGUUAUCCCCCAAUAAUAGUUCUUUCUCACACCGACAUCGACUACUUUCCUAAAAAAAACAAAAAAAAAACAAACAAAAGAAAUGAAAAAGAAAAAAAAAAAAUGCGUGUUUGCAAGUGUGAAUGGCUUGUGUGUUGUGGAGUGUGAGCGGUCCCACCACAUUCGGGCAGCUCUUAGAACGUGAGUUGACGCAAAUUUUUCAAAACAGUGUUUCGAGGACAAAAAAAAAUAUAUUCACCCACCUAUCGGCGUCUCGCGUCAACCCGAGAAGUUAAUUGGCAGUGUAAUAUUACUUCGCGACCCCAAUCAAAGUUUGACCCUCUCUUCCUUCUGUCUUUUUUGUUUUUGUUGAGAAUAUGUUUUCAUAACAUGUCUUGGUUUCUGUUUGACUGGAUCGUGGAAAAGCGUCUUGUAGCAUUUAGUUGUGUGCGUUGCUCUUACCAUUUUUUCUUUUUCUAUUUUGGAGGGUAGGGAGGAAUUCCUGCGAGCGUUUAAUAGCCAUAUCGUUUCUCGGCCAUCGUGAGAAAUAUCAAUCUUUUUUUCUUCCCUUUUUCUGCGUCUGUCUUGUUCCGUCUCUCUCUCACACACUGUAGGUUGGCUUUGGUUUCUCUCUUUUGUCGCCUGCCGCUCUUUGUCACUGAGUUAUGUUCCUCGUGUACCUGUAGCUGCUUUAUAAACAAAAGAAAAUCGUGCCGAAUUGUUCUCUCGGCUACUAUUUGCUAAUUAGUGAAACUAGAAGGAAUUAAAUUUUAGACGAGUCAGAAUACUAUUGACAUAUCUGAUCAAUUUCUUUCGACGACAAUAGUUUUUUCUCUAAUUAUCUCUUCCCGUCCUUGCCCCCCCCCCCCCAAAAAAAAAACUUUCCUCCGCUCACGUUCCCGAUCCCUCCGACAACAUUUUGGCUUUUGAAAAAUAUGAUUUUGGGUUUACUUUUACCUCUACUGCAUCAUAUUCCCUCCGCGCCAUUUACCUCCAACAUGUAUGUAUGUGCGUGAGUGUAUUUGUAAUGAUUUUUCUGUUUUAUGUUGCGCAUGGUGACCCUUUUUCCUUCUACAAAAAUUAUUAUUAUUUUUUUUUUAAUUUUUUGUUUUUUUUUCCAUUUUUGUUUUUCUACGUUGUUCCUCUUUAUUAUCAGUUUCGGUAGGUCUUUUGAUUUCAUUUCAGUACGGGAUUUUUUUUUUUGUUUUGUUUUUUGCUUUUGUUUAAAAACAAAAAUGCGGGAUUCAAUGAGGGAAAAGAAACUAAGUGUUUAAAACCCUUAAGACAAAGACAAGCUCUUCUGCCCAAAUUUUCUCAACUGAAUCCGUUCAAAAGUUUCUAAAUAAUGUAAGCUCUUAAUAAUGGGUAGAAUCUGGGUUGCUUUCCUGGUGUUUCUGUUUUCUUUCACCGACAUUCCAAGUCAGAUAGGAAUCCAAAAAAAUCAAGAAUAAAAACAAACUUUAGGUCCCUUUCACGUCCCGUUCUGAAAGUUCCAGUCAGCUUUACUUCCAAUCAUAUAAACCUUUGCCUCCCUUUGGCUUGCAGUUAAGAAAAAUAUAGAAAAAAAAAUAGACGUAAUAGUUUGAUUUCAGUGAGUAAAUUUAUCGAACACAUCUCUUUUCGGGCAUAUCUUUUUUUCGGAGAGGGAACGAUCGUCUCCUCUCGUUCUCGUUUCUCAGCUCCUCAGAUCAAUCUCAGUUGAAAACACAGAAUAUUUGUUGCGCCUGGAAUUGGAUCUAAACAAAGAGAAAGAUAAUGGAAGACUUCUCCGCUUUUAUAGACAUAACCACAGAAAAUGGAAUCAUUUGCGCUGUCAAUGUUGAGGGGCAAUCAUCAGUGAGAAUAAUGUUAUCACGUAGUCCUUAUCAAAAUAAUUCUACUUUUUUUUUCCCCUAUCCAUCUAUUUCUGUCGUAAGAAUCAUGCGUCCAUCUCCCGCCCUUGCAUAAUUUACCCAAUUGCAUUAUCGCAAAGGGGGAACUGUAUCGUCUGUAAUACACUUGGGCGUAUUAGCCUGUUUUACUCUCAAA